AUGGAAGAAAGAAACACUGCUUUGCUUGCCUGGUUGAAUAAAUACGCCAAAUCUGGUUCAGAAGUAACAUACAUUAACACAUCAUGCUCCUCUGAGAAAUUCAUGAGUGUUUUUAAGUCUUUAGUUCCACAAGAAUUAUAUCCAACAAAAAAUGAUAAUUUAACAUUCAUUUCCAUUGUUAUUUUAUCAAUGAUAAGAGAGCAAGGCUAUUUAAAGGAGAUUCCAAACUAUCUUUCUCAAGAUGAAGGAAAAAAUAAUCAAACAACUUUAUUUUUCCUUUAUGUUUUAUACAGAUUAAAAUUCCCCAACGACAAUGUAGAACUAUCCAAAGCAGAAACAAUGUUCGAAAAGUUCAGAGAUACAAGUAAAACAAAUGAAACUACACCAUUUAACUUUGAAGCACUUCAAAAGCAAUUAGAAGAGCAAAAUUCGGAAGUUCAACAGCAUAUUGACAUAUACCAACAAAAAUGUCAAGAAUUACAAACACAAUACGAUGAAAUCGAGAAAAAUGUUCUCGCAAAGUAUCAAUCCAAGCUUGAAUCUGAAAUGCAUGAAGCUGCAGAAGCAGAAAAAGCGCAUAGAAACCUUUUAAUUGAAAAAGAAAAGUUAGAAGAGCAAUUAUCAAAAUUCAAAGAAGAUAGACAACGUCUUGAGGACAAAUACAAAGAAAUACAAGAAAUAGAAGACGAAAAUAAGAAAUUAAAAGAAGAAUAUGAAGCUUUAGAAGCAAAGAACAAAGAUUUCCUCUCAAAGGAAAGCGAAAUGAAAUUAUCUAGUCUAAGUAAGAUCAAAUACGAAGAACAGAUUGCAGAAACAUCAAGAGAAAUUAAAGAAUUAAUUCAUUCCAAAGAAAUGCUUAAACUUGACGAAAUUCCUGAAGACGAUGCUGCCCUACAAAAGCUCCUGAAUGAAAUAGAUGCUCUUGAAGAAAAAGUAAAGAAAACAGAACCAGAAACAAUAAUUGCAAAAUGGAAAUCCAAAAUUCAAGCGGAAAUUAAUAAAGCCAAAGAUGCAGCAGAGAAGACAAGGCUUAUUAUUGAACUUGGCGAAUCAUUACAAUAA